CACUUCUUCAAUGUCUAGGGACAGAGGUGACAACCAAUUGGAGCGGCGGAGUUACACUUGUAAUGAAUGUGACAUGAUCAUUACCAUCCUCUCAUCUUCUACUUCUCCUUCUCCAUACUGUCCCCUAUGCAAUGUAGUCUCUACGUUUUCUUCUUCAACCCCUUUUGAGGUUGGUCUUGAUGAUCAAGAAAACGAAGAAAACGAGGAACUGAUUCCGACCGUUGAAAUUUCAUCUUCAACGUUGUGUUGCUCUUCCUCAGACGACUCUACUUUACCAUGCGCCAUAUGCAGGGAAGAUUUCGUGAUUGGAGAAUCUGCUCGGAGAUUGCCUUGCGACCAUUUAUACCAUAAUGAUUGCAUUAUUCCUUGGAUCACUAGUCAUAACUCGUGUCCUCUCUGUCGGUUCGAGCUACCGGGUGAAGCUAGUGGAGACGACAGUGGUUUGUCCAUGUGGUUCGAUGCGUUGGCGUUAGAGGAUGACUUGGAGGAAGAUAUGGGAACCGUCACGCUCGAUUUGUACCAAAGUUUGGAUGGCUAGAAUUGUAUGGAUUGAUGGAAUGUACGUUUUAGAACAUUUUCAAAUCUAUAUAGUAAUAUAGAAUAUAUUUAUUCUAAUAUACAUUUCCAAAUCUAUAUGGAUUUUACCUUGUCUUAAACGAG